AUGGAUUCUGCAGGUAAAGUUCAUUGUGGAGUUAACCAUUCAUGCGAGAGGAGAGAGAAAAAGAAAGAACUACCCGAGCAGACUGACCCUCCGUCCAUUCCCGUUACUGACCUUUUUCCUUCUGGCGAGUUUCCUGAGGGUGAGAUUCAGCAAUAUAAAGACGAUAACUUAUGGAGGACUACAUCUGAAGAGAAGAGGGAGUUGGAGCGCCUCGAAAAACCAAUGUACAAUUCAGUUCGCCGAGCAACUGAAGUUCAUCGUCAGGUUCGGAAAUACAUCAAAAGUAUUCUGAAGCCUGGAAUGUUGAUGACUGACCUGUGUGAGACUUUGGAGAAUACAGUCCGUAAGCUAAUAUCAGAGAAUGGUCUGCAAGCUGGCAUUGCUUUCCCUACAGGGUGCUCUCUGAACUGGGUUGCUGCUCAUUGGACCCCAAAUUCAGGAGAUAAGACUGUGCUUCAGUAUGAUGAUGUGAUGAGGUUGGAUUUUGGAACUCAUAUCGAUGGUACUACCCUCUUCUAUGCCAUCCAUCUGGUGAAUAGUCGACUGUGCAUUUACAGUGGCAUUCAAUCCAACGUUUGA